CGCCCGCGCCGGGGCGCACUGCACCAGCGGCUUCGGCUUGGUGGAUGUGUAUGCAUGAGUUCUGCACCGAAUGGGCGCAAAAAGCGCCCCAGCCGGUCCACCCGCUCCUCAAUCUUCCAGAUCAGCAAGCCCCCGCUGCAGAGCGGGGAUUGGGAGCGCAGGGGCAGCGGCUCCGAGAGCGCCCACAAAACCCAACGAACCCUGGACGACUGCAAGAUGCUUGUCCAAGAGUUCAACACGCAAGUGGCCCUGUUCCGAGAGUUGGUCAUCUCCAUUGGGGAUGUCUCGGUCAGCUGCCCCUCACUCCGGGCAGAAAUGCACAAGACGAGAACUAAAGGCUGUGAAAUGGCCCGGCAGGCACAUCAAAAACUGGCUGCCAUCUCAGGCCCGGAAGAUGGUGAGAUCCACCCUGAAAUCUGUCGACUCUACAUCCAGCUGCAGUGCUGCUUGGAAAUGUACACAACAGAGAUGCUCAAGUCUAUUUGUCUGUUGGGGUCUCUUCAGUUUCAUCGGAAAGGAAAAGACAUUGGUGGGGGAACCAAGAAUUUGGACUGCAAAAUUGAGGACAGCACUGAGACACCUGCCCUAGAGGACUCCGCCUCAUCCCCUGUGGAUAGUCAGCAGCAAUCCUGGCAGGUUUCCACGGACAUUGAGAACACGGAAAGAGACAUGCGUGAAAUGAAAAACCUUUUAAGCAAACUCAGGGAAACUAUGCCUUUACCGCUGAAAAAUCAAGAUGACAGCAGCCUUCUGAAUCUAACUCCCUACCCCUUGGUGAGAAGACGGAAGAGAAGGUUCUUUGGGCUCUGUUGCCUCGUCUCAAGCUAGGCAGUUCUCUCGGAAACCCACCACCGGGAACACCUGAAAAAAAACAAACCACAAAACCGGAGGACCUCCAGACAGCUGAACCACACGGUUAUUGGUUUCUGACUAUGUUUUCUAUGCUUCCUCGUUACUUUUCUCCGCCUCUCCCCGCCCUCUUAAAUGAUUUUACGCUUGAAAGCAGCUGCUGUCAAGAAAAAAAUAACUGAUUCCAAAAGCAGGCUGUUUUUAAAAGGAUUUGUAGAGCUGACAUUGUGCAUGCCUGCUCUAAACCAUGCCAUGACAGAUGCAAGAAUUAUGAUUUUUAAAUGACUUAAAGGGUUUUUUAAUGUAUUAUACAGAGAAAAGUUAUUUCACAUAUACUAGUAUAUCUAUAGCUCUUGCUGAUCUCAUGUGAACAAUUUAUCCUAUAUGAAAGAAGUCUUUAAACAUAGAAACCUAUUUAAAACUGCAAAACUGUGUUCGAAAAUCCAAUCUAUCAGUAUCAUUGGAAAAAUAUUAUAACCUAACAUAUGCCACCUCACUUAUUGCUUUCUCUGCACUCAUUGAUGUUUAGUCUUCCAUUCUGUCAGAAUCUAAGAGCUUCAACAUGAAAAUAUCUUAAUUUAUAAUGCAACAAAAACCAUAUAUGGAAAGUACUUACAUUUUGUAAAUACACAGUAAUCCUAAUACCGUCGUACAAUGCAUAUGGGCAACUAAUUUCCUUUGAUCCAAUGGUGUCUUUUUCAGCUUCUUGGAGAAUGAAGUAAUCCAGUUAGGAAAUGGUGUAGAAACAUAUACAAUUACCCUCAAAUGUAAAAUUGAAUAUUAUCACAUUUUGUUCUAAUUGAAAUCUGAAGCAUGGUGUCUGCACAUCAGCAUAGUGUUAAAUCUUAUAGGGCAUGCUGGAAUUAGCUCAGAUCAUAAAACUAUUUAACAUUUUACAUUGUUGAUAAAUUUUUUUAGUUAAGCUAAGCUUUUCUCAUUUUAGAUGACUAUGCAGAUAUGACUUUUCCAAUGUGUACUUGGUGUCUUGUCUUAUGCUUAGAAUCUUGGAAGCAGGACACAUUAAGCAAUACUAUAUUUUAGAACAGAGGAAGCCACUGCUUCAUUUUCCUGCUGAUAGCUUUGUUGUGAUUUUCCCACACAAAACUUGUAACACAGUACAAAUUUUGUUCUAUAUUCCCCCUCUUCCUCCUUUGGCCCAUUUCCCAGACUCAGUUUCCCUUAGAUUGAGAGAUCAAGUCUUUGCACUUCUUGUUUUCCAUAGUACAAAAAAUCUUCAAGUCAGACACAAGGCACCAGUGUCUAGUACAACAGAAAGAUGAGCUAGAUACCUAAUAGUGGUGUAUCCAAGACACAUCUUUAAUCCCAACCCCGUACUAUCUCAAUAUUUACAUGCACAGGCGUUUACAUGUAUGCCAAUAUUUUGACCUAAAAUCUGAAUAUAUUAAAACCUUUAGCAUUAGUGAAGAUGAACAGAGGUAUAGGUAAGCUACUGGAAUAAUUAUUCUAUUAAGUUGAAUCAUAUGAAAUUGCUGAUAUUUGACUGUUUUGACCUACAAAAACUAGCAGUUUCAUAUAGCUCAACCUACUAGCUGAUGUUGUGGAAGUUUUACAUGGAAUUGUCUUCUAGCUCUUUUUAUUGAAAAUGAAAUUGAUUUAGGGAGUUGGCAGAGCUCUGUAAAAGCUAUACAGGUCUCUAUUUAGAUCACACCAGCCGGUUGUUGGUCCUAUUCUUGGAGUCUAGAAUUGUGUUUCAUUGACCUGGUCAUUAAUGCAUGGUAUAGGUAUGCUUGGCUUCAUAAAAAAAGAAGUACCCUUGACCAGUUAUAUGAGAAAUUCACAACUUCCUAUAUCAAGUACUUGUAAAAACAAUUGGGACUCCUCCUGUGAAUACUCCUUUGCAGAGUAAGCAACCGCCAGGCUCACCUGGUCUGCAAAUGUUGAUUGUCAAAAAUCAGUUUAAUUAAAGCUUAACAUCCUUUUCUAAAUCUGGCUCCUUUUCAUUACCUGAGGUUAUUGCCUUUCAGGUCCAUUAUUUUGAAAUUAUGAAGCAGCCCAGUGUGGCUUACCCUCAGCUCCCAUCUCUGUCCUCUCCCACCUUCCAACUAUGUUGAAACCUCAGCUUCGGUCCUACUCCCACUAAUCCACGUGAGGUUACCAAAUGAGAAGCCCACCUUGGGUGUUCAGCACGGCUUUCUAAAUGCCUGGCCUAAAUCAUUUCUGCUUGGUUCAUUUGUGCUCACCUUCACUUUAGUCUCAGUGUGAAAGUAACAUUUACCUUCUGUGCAGUUGUCCUUUGUACAACCGAAGACUGUUAAUAAAUUCAGGUCUCACCUCCAUGUCUGGGAAGGCUGUAGUAGCUAUUCACGGAGAUGGGAAUUUGUCUAAUUACGUAGCCAGACUUUCCAUAUCUAAGGUGAUAUAUUCAGCCUCAUCUUUUAUUCAUAGUGCCUGUUUUCCAGCCUUCGAUCAGUUUUGUAGUUCCUGUGGACACACUCCAAGAUUUAUAGAUCUUCUUUCAGAAGCAGGUAAUAAAAUUAAAUUUAGUGCUCAAAGUCCUGAUACACCUACACUGGCUCAUGGUUGCAUUCGCCAUUUCCCUUUAGAUAUGCAUCCUCUGGGAGCUGCCCCUCUCUCCUCUCACCUACCAAAGGAUUUUCUCAGGUGUGGUUCCAUGAGAUCAAGUUCUCACUGUCUUGGUUUCUUGCUGGUGAUUCUCUUUAAGAUUAGCAACAUCACUCACCUGAUCUCUAGGCAUAAGAAGAGAACAUCAAACCCAUUUUUUUUCUUAUAUCCACAUACUUGAAACAGAAAAAGAUGCAAAUUUUAUGUGACACUCACUCACUUGACCACCAUAUUUUUAAUAUCCCAUGUUGAUGGGGUUUUUUUUCCAACUACAAAAAUAUGAUUUUUUUUUCAGGCAAUCUGAAAAAUACCACCAUGUAUAAAGAAAGUAAAAGUCACCUGAAUUUCAUCACAAUUCAUACUGGGUAUUUUUUUAUACAUAACAGGAACGAAUUUCACGUAUUUCAUAUAUACUGUUUUAUGAAUGUAUUACAUUGUUUAAAAUGACAUUUUUGGUCUUUCAGUCAGUCCAGUCUGGGCCCAGCAGCACUGAGGGAUAACUCCUCCAGUGUAAAGUGUCAUUUUAACAAAGCCCGCCCUCUGCAGUCUGGCCUGCAUCUGCAGACUUGCUGCAAAUUUCUGGUUGUGUCAUCAUUCAGGGAUACAGAGAAAGCUUUAGCAUUAGCACAACUCUGAUGCCUCCUCCAACAAACUGAAGUUUCUAGGGGAAAUUUUAAAUUUUAAAUCCUGCCGGACCAUUUUCUUCAUCCAUGCUGCUGUAAAAACAGUGGAGAUACUCAGUGUUUGGCAAUACUGCCACCUACUGAAAGAUGACCUUCAGAAUGAGAGGGGAAAAUAAACAGAGUGCAGGAGUCAAACUCUAAUUUGUGUAGACAGCUGACACAUGGGCCAUGAUCGCCUCUGGAAUUUCAUACUCUGAGAGUCUCGAUGUUGAAAUGACUAGGGAUAUCAUCCAGCCUAACCUCCCGUCCCACACACGCACCUGUAAGCAAAGUCUAUUGUGUGUGUGUGUGGGUGUGUGUGUGUGUGUUCCAGAAUGUCACCAAAUGCAAAGUGCUCAACUUUUAGGUAACUGGGUAGAAUGAGGAACUGCAAUGAUAUGAUUGGCCUCAGAAUAAAUCAUUAGAAUUCGAUAUGAAUAGACUCAAGAACAUAAAAUUAUUGAAUAUGUUAUAAAGAUGACAUCCUAAAUCAAUGAGAAAGGUUGGAUGAUUAUUAUUUUGUAACCACUGGUUAGCCAUUGAUUGAGAGAAAUAUUAGAUCCAUACUUCCUUUCAGAAAGAUAAAUUCUAGAUGAAAUAAGGAUUUAAAUGUUAAAUCACACAAAUGAACACAACAGGACUAGCAGACAAUCUGAAUGAGUAUCUAUAUAACUUAAAUUUAGGAAAAACCUUUCUAAGCAUAACACCAAAGGAAGAAACCAUAAAGACAAGAUGGAUAGAUUUAACUAAUUAAAAAUGCUGAACUCAAAUAUGGUGGAAAACAACAAAGAAAAGUAAGAGAAAAUGAUAUUUGUAAUUUUUGUAACAAAGAUUGGGAAUAUCUAAUAAAUAUUAAAAAUUUAAACACUACUACUUUGGGGAAGUUCCCAUAGUUUCUGACCAUCUUCCCAGCCAAAUGUUUCCAUUUAGUUCUUUCCUUAUUGUGUUUUCUUCACUGUUGCUUGUCUAAUUAUCAGCUUUUCCCCUACUGAACUGGAAAUACAAAAGACAGCAACCAUUUCUCUGUGGCUUACUAUUGGGCCCCCAACAUCUAACACAGUACUAGACCAAAAGCAAAUGGUGAAAACAUAUUUAUCGAAUGAGUGAGGAAUGAAUGAAUGAAUGACUGAGAUUCUGUGACUUUAAAAACAGCCAAUUUUCCAGUAGAAAAUUAAGCCAGGGGCACAAACUGGUUAUACACAAUAAGCUAAAAUAAUUCACUCAUAAGAAAUAAUUUUUAAAAAUAUACUAGUAAUAGAAAAUGCAAAUCAUAUGCUGUACUAUUUUUUACAUAACAGAAAGGUAGAAUAUAAGGAAUUAAACACACUAGAAACGAUCAGGGUGUAUGAAAACACUCUCUUCUAGAGUCAGCAGGACUAUAAAUUGAUCAAAACUUUAUAGGAAGUAUUUUAGCAAUAUAUUUUCCAUGUGUGCCCAGUAAUUCCAUAUUAGGAAAUUCCACUUUACAAAGGUCAGGAGGAAAGAAUGUGCUAAAGUGUAUUCAUUCAUUAUUCAAAAACUGUAUGCAGGAAAGGAUGUUUAUAGCAGCAUUAUUUGCAGGAGUAGAAAAGUGUAACUAAGUCCACCUUCAAGGGUUGGUUACAUAUGGUACAUCCUUCUAGUGGGAUAUUGUGUACCCAUUAAUAAUAAAUAUCAUAUGUACAUCUUUGCUAUAUUGUUAAGCAAAAAAAAAAAAGGAAGUUACAGUUGUAUAGCCAUAGUAUGAUCCUUUUUUAAAAAUAUUAUAUACACAAGUGUUCAUUAAAAAGUAUGAAAGGAUAUUUGCCGAAGUGAUAAUAGUAUUUUAUCUCUGGGAGGUGAGAUUUGGAGCAAUUGUAUUUUCUUUCAGCAUAUCUGUACCUUCUAAUUUUUCCACAAUGAGCAUGUAGUAUCUGUAUAAUUUUUUCAGGGAAUAAACAACAGUGUUCAGAAUAUAUAUUAAAUGAAAAACACGUUAUAAAACCAUAUGUAUAGUAUGACACAGUAUUUGUAAAAAGAAAUUAUAUAUAAAUAUAUCUAUGUAUGUAUAUAUAUGCAUAAGAAAGCUAGAAGGACAUACACUAAAAUGUUAAUAGUAGUUAUCUAUGGGUCGUGGG